GAUCCACACAAAAAGUAUCAUAAUAAUAUGGCGUAAAUAAUGUGGCCGGCUACAAACUAAUCACUGGUGUUAUAAUUUUUUUUUGCAUAAAUUACGGUACACACAAAAUAAAAUAAAUAUUUUUUAUCAAACACUAAUACAGUUUAAUUUAAUUGGGCUAAAAAAUGCAUCCACAGACGUCGGAUUAUUCAAUGAUGAAUUAUUCAGUGGAUCGUUCAAGGUUGCGAAGUAAUCUAGAGGAAUCAGAUGCUUCAGUAUACGCAGAUAAGAGCAACUGGUCCUUGUUUGAGUUGAUGGAAGACAGCGCAUCGACUGGUUUGAUACUAAAAUCCGAGAGGCCAUGGAAGAAAGUUGCGUCAAAUCUUUACCAAGAAUUUUUAGAAAUAGUCCAGUCGCAUUCCACCGAACCCCAAGUGUUUGACACCAUUUCCGACUUUAUACAGAACUGCACAAACGCUUUGGAAGUGAUGCGAGACAUGCAGUCUAAAGUCGAAAACACGGAACUGUGUGAAGAGGAAAUAAAUUUAACCAACGAAAGAAACACAUGGAGACUUUUGUUCUGUCUCUAUCAAAACCGGUUGGCUACCUCGCAUACUCAGAUGGAAACCGACACUAACGGGAACAGUUAUGUCUCUGAAGCAGACGUGAUAGCGAAUCUGAUGAGCAGCGAGAGCCAAGUUCGUGAGUAUCAAUUGAUAAUUGAUUGGUUGGAAAAAAACGCGUGCGAUGAGCUGGAGUUCUUGCCUAAAAUCGAACACUUUACUGACAAAACCGUCGCCUGGGAAAAUACACUUCACCAGCUACAAAACCGUCAAUCCGGAAUAACUUUCGGGUCCAGCAGACCUCUGGUUACUUCUCUAGAUCCAGAUGCGCCUGUCAGAGAAGGAAAACCGCUGCACGAUCUCGACAAAGAGGAUGACGCGCGUCUAGAGAAGCGAAUGUUUUUAGAAGUCCGUUGCGGAAGACUUCAGCGUUCUCAGGAACUCGCGAUUCAUUGCGGACAGCCUUGGAGAGCCGCUUGCUUGCUCGGCUGGCAGCCGCAUCAUGAUCCCAACUACAAGAAUCCGCUCGUCGACACGAAACUUCCCAUCGAGGGUAACCCGAAUCGCAGUCUCUGGAAGCUGAACGCUUGGUACAUGUCUCAGGAUACCAGAAUCGGCCCAUUUUAUCGUGCCAUCUACGCAAGUCUCUGUGGGAACAUCAACCAGUUGCUUGCAGUAUCACGUAAUUGGGAAGACGCGCUCUGGUCUCAUGUUAAAGUUCUAAUGGACAUUGAAGUCGAGUCCGAGUUGCGCGGCGUUGUUGCUAAAAACUACGUCUCCAUGCCCGAUGAUUACUGGAAGUCUAAAUUGUCUUUAGAAGAAAUCUUCAAUGAUCUUCACGCCUCGAAGGAUUUAUCGAUACUCAAGCAGUCGAAUUCCGCGGAUCAUUUGAUCCAGAAGUAUUUGAUCCUAGACCAAGUGCCCCAGCUGAUGGAAAUUAUCGAAGAGUGGAUUGACAGUGAAGACUGCAGGCCUCAAUUCUUACGUUUCCUCGCUCAUCUGGUUCUUUUCUUGAGACAGAUUGGAAAAAUUAGUAAUGACAAAGUCGGUGAUAAAGUUCUGCUGGCUUACGUUAAAUUGCUGAUUGAAAUCGGGGAACCUACACUAGUUGCAUUUUACACUGCAGCUUUACCCCAGGAAGAACAAGUCAAUUAUUAUGCUCUGUACCUUGAACGUAUUCGGGACACGGAGAUGAGAAAGCGUUGUCUGUCUGCAGCUGAAGACGCGAAUUUGAAUGUUGAAGCGAUAACUAAAAUGGUUGUUGAGAACAUUCGUAAUAAAAAUGUUGGUGAUGUUGACAAGUUGGACUCCCAGUUGGUUACUAAGAUUACUGAUGAUGAUUUGGAGAAAAUAGAUGCUCUGGAAUGGAUGACUUUCUAUCCAAAUCAAAGAGGAGAAGCUCUUUGGCAAGCCAAUGCUCUUAUAAGAUAUUUUUUGACAUGCGAGAAAAUAGAUGCUGCUAGAAAAGCUUUUGAUAAGAUUCCAGCGGAUACUAUUGGAAUGAUAAUGAUGGAACAGCCAUCAAUUGAUAACACAUUUGUUGAUCAAACUAUGACUGAAGAGAUCAGUGACCACAAAUCCUCGGCUUCUAUUCGUGAAUAUCUUUGUUAUAAGGCUUAUCUAGAUGCUCAAGAAGGUUUUCAAGAAUGGUUCAGACACUUCCAUCAAGGAAAGCCGAUUCCGCUGGAUCCGCUGCCAACUUACGCGACUUUUACUGAAAAAGUUGCUUAUGAUCAUAAAAAAGCGCAGUACCAGGCUGAGUUGGAGAGCUGGAAAGCUACAAUGCAACGUCAUACUAAAGCAGUAAAGCAGCUUCUCUUCAACGUCCUUCUGUUCCCCGACGGAGGCUGGCUAGUAGACAGAACAAAGACAAUGCCGCCAGACCACCUCCGCAAGCACCAGCUCGCCAAACUGCGGAGUCUGUGUAUACCCAAAAUAACGUUACUUCUGAUAAAUGUUAUGUCCGAAAUGAACGAGCAUGCAGAGUGUAUUGAACUCGGUGAGACUCUUGCAUUGGAGCGUUAUCAACUCUACAAAGUAUUUCCAAAAGAACGAAUGCGCGAGGUCUACAGAAAAAUAUGUGAGUCAUCUCUUGUACUUAUGGAUAAAAAAAAAGACGCAUGGGGUUAUUCAAAAUAACCAUUGAUAAUAAUUAAAAUAUAAUUGUAAUUACAAUAAUUAAUUAAAUCUAUAUAUUAUUUAAAUAAGUAUUAAUUAUUAAAUUAAGUUAUAAGAGUUAAGACUAAAAUAAAUUUGAUACGUAAUUUUUUAAUCGUCAA